UGUCGGCGGAGGACAGCGUCCACCACGCGCGCGCACGUCUUCUGCGUAGAACAAGCAUUAUUAUUAUUUUUUUUAUUAGGGCGGCUUCGUGGUGGGUCGUUGCGGGAGACUACCGGUUACAGAGUACCGUCCACGCGUGGCGCAAAAUAGCACUACCGGGAGCCGCAUCACAACACUCGGCGAGUUCCCACCACCGAGGGUCCCACACACGGAUAGGCCUAUCCGGCGAUGGCCAGCCCGCCUGCAGGUCGCGACGUCCGGUCGGCGGAGGCGAGCCGCCCGGAGCCCGCCUGCUUGGAGGCGCAGAAAUGGAUCGAGGCGGUCACAGGGAAGAGCUUUGGAGACAAGGACUUCCGCAGUGCGUUGGAGAACGGCAUCCUGUUAUGCGAGCUUCUGAGUACAAUCAGACCAGGCCUGGUCAAGAAGAUCAACAGACUGCCCACCCCCAUCGCCGGCUUGGACAACCUGUCGGUCUUCCUGCGGGCCUGCGAGGAACUCGGCCUGAAUGGCUCGCAGCUGUUUGACCCGGGAGACCUCCAGGACACCUCCAUCCGAGCAAACCUCAAGGACUCUGACUGCAGCCGCAAACUAAAAAAUGUUCUGAACACCGUGUUCUGGCUAGGCAAAGCGGCCAGCGGUUGCACUUCCUACAGCGGACCCACACUCGACCUCAAGGAAUUUGAGGGGCUGCUGGCAAACAUGAAGGUGGACAGUGAGGAGGCGGCUGACGGCUCACAGAAGCGCAGAGUUCGAGACAGCGGCUACGAUUGCUGGGAUUCGGAGCGCAGCGACUCGCUCUCGCCACCCAGGCACACUCGAGACAACUCUUUAGACAGUCUGGACUCGGUUGGCUCGCGUUCGCAGCACAGUCCUUCUCCCGAUGUGGCCAACCAAGGCACCACGGAAGGAAGAGCUGGAGACCUGGUAGCGGACGGCAGCAGGAGCCUUGACGUGCAGAAGGACGACAUGUCGGCCCGGCGUGCGGCCAGUGGCGAGGCGCGCACCCCUGUUGUCUUCAACCAGUUCCUGCCCAGUCGGAGCAACGCUGGCUCUUACGUUCUGAACACGAGGCGCAGACCUCAUGCUGAGGACAGAGAGCAGCGCAGGAUGAACCGCAGAGUCGCUUUUAUGUCUGGGGACCCCGAGAGUGCAAGCAUGAGCGACAUGGUGGACCAGGACGAAGCUGGACACUUGCCGCCGCCGCUCAGCCUGUCACGUUACGAGCGGAUGCACGAGCAGUACAACAACUUCCAAGAUGAGGAUGACCAGUGGCAAAGUGACUUGGCCCGUUGGAAGAACCGCCGCCGCUGUGCCUCACAGGAGCUGAUCAAGAAGGAAGAGGAGAGGAAGAGGAUGGAGAGGAUGAAUGGGGAGGGAGGAGACAAGAGGAAGAGCAUCAAGACCUACAAGGAGAUUGUGGAGGAAAAGGAGCGGCGAGAGGCACAGCUGUGUGAGGCGUACCGUAAUGCGGCGUCGCCAGAGGAAGCGGCCGGGGUUCUGCAACGUUACGCUCUCCGAUUCACCAUCAGCGAUGCCACGCUGGACUUCUUAAAGUUACCCCGCUCCACCGCAAACCCCGACGCGACCCUAAACCAGGCCAUCCACAAGCACAAAACCGUUCAUGAUGACUCUGAGCCAGAAUCAACACAGCAGAAGACAUGUGAAGACUUACACAGGGGGGUGAAAAAAGAUCCACUGGCUUCAGACAGCACACCUCCUCAAUCUUCUAGUAAACCGGAACCAGCGACCAAAGUGGAUGCAAAACCCCAACCUAAACCUCCAAAACCCAAACCUGCCCCGCCUCACUCAGCAAAGCCUGCACUCACGCUUCCCUCGCCGCCACCACCACAUUCCCGACCCGUACCCCUGUUGGCUGCCAAGCCCUACUGCCAGCCACGCAGCUCACAUGGAAUCAAGAUGGACGGUCUAGUGCGUGUGAAUGGCGACACAGACAAUUCGCCACUGCAUUCGCCGUCAGAGAAAGACAACUUGGUCACACAGGCGGAGAUGGAGGCCUCCUCUCUGCCAGAGAUACGGGACUGGUCGCCUCCUCCCCAUGCUGCGACGUCCUCCUCGUCUUCGUCAUCCGUCUCGUCUUCCUCGUCAUCCACCAUCAGCUCGCUCUUCAGCGGGAGGAACUGUAUCACCAAGACCACCAUCGUCACUGAACUCACUCAGACGUUGGUGGAGCCACACGGCCUGGAGAACAACAGCCACAGCCAGGUGAAUGGAAGUACGUCUGUUGAGAAAGCAGCGGAGGAACAACAGUCUCAGCCAGCGUCAUCAUCGACCUCAAUAACCAGCAUACAAGAACAUUGUCCCAGUGUCACAGAAUGCCAAGAGGAGAGCAGCAUGAGCAUUGAGACCCCCAUGUUGAACUUGGCUAAGCGUGUUAAUCACUGGGUCUGGGACCCAAAUGAGGAGCGUAAGCGUGUGGAAAGGUGGCAACAGGAGCAGGAGCGCCUCCUACAGGAGCAGUACAAUAAGGAACAGGAGAAGCUGAAGAAGGAGUGGGAGAAAGCUCAACUGGAGGUACAGGAGGAAGAACGCAAGCACAACGAAGAGGAGAGGAAGAUCUUGGAGGAGACUGUAGCGCCCCUCAAACCCUGCGUGGGGACCGCGUCGCCACCUCCUGGAGACAAAGAAACCGUCAGCCACCUUGUACCCUUGCAGCAGAAUGGCCACAAAGACACUAGAGGAAGUGAAGAGCAGCAUGCGUCCAAGCUGCACUUCUUCCAAGAUGCCGUCUAUGAUACCGAGCCAGCUAAGAAGUCUGAAUUGUGGAAGACGGCCUCUCUGGGCCGGAACACUCAACCGAACCAACCACAUGGCGUCAAAAGGUGCGAUUCCCAUGAUGGUAUUGCCGGAACACAGCAGCCGUCCUCACCUUUGCCUCCGUCGCCCAGCAGGUGCAUUAGCAGGAAGAGGCAAUGCUCAGGUUGUUCUCAGCCUCUGGGAAAAGGAGCGGCAAUGAUCAUCGAAACGCUCGGUCUGUUCUUCCACAUGCAGUGUUUCAAGUGUGGUCUGUGUGAGGGGCAGCUGGGCGACGCCACCACCGGAACGGAUGUGAGGAUCCGUAAUGGACUGCUGAGCUGUCACCACUGCUACGUCGCAUCUAGAAGCCGAGGACAGCCCACCACAUUAUGAUGAUCUGAAAAACCCUCGACAACCAACCCUCAUAUAACUUUACUCAAAUAUCUAAAUGGACCCCACGUGAUCUAAACAUACAUACACAGUGUGUUUUUGUAAGCAUGACCAGUGUAUUUAUGACUAGACAAGCACAAUACAUCAACUGGAAUAAUAAUACAGUGAACCCCCGUUUAUGCACAAUAAAUGACCCACAAAUAUGUCAAAAUCUGCAAUAUAGCAAAUCAGUUAAAAAAAAACAAUUAAAAAUACCUCUCUCACUUACUUUAAAUAGAUUUAUUUUUAAAACACUCCAAACGGGCAUAUAAAACAAAAGAUAAGUAAUUAAAUAAUGCACCAAUUUGGCAAGUCGUAAAGAAUUCUUCACAAAACAGGCUCCAAGCUGCUUAUUGCCGUUCCCAUACUGUCAAACUAAAUAUUAAACAAAGAGAAUUACACGUGUAUUUUAAACAACAAUAUAGGUCUGCCUUAUGAAAGUCUGCUUACUUUAAAGCUAACAUAUGAAAAAGGCUAUUUUCAUGUUAACGGUUAGGAUCCAUAGUUACUGUUAGAAACCUCUAAAAGAUAUUUGCAAACAAACAGUGGAAACUACACAUUUACACAGAUCAUAUAGAAAUACUGACACGUAUAUAUUCUUUGUCCUGAACAAAAAAUAAUAUAUUACAGCGUUUUACUGAGUCACUCGCAGCGGUAGUCGAAGAUUCUUCUUCUUUGUUUGAGUUUGCAUGACUGUAUUAUAAAGUACUGCCUCCUGGUGGCCAAGGCGGCCACACCACAUUGAUUUGGAUUGCAGCAUUAAAUCACGAUGCUAACGGUUUAAUUAAUUCAUUACAUUCUAUUUAAUUAUGUCAUUACUGCAUGUUUUUAUAAAGUACAAAAUUAUAGAGUACUAUUUUCCUUAACAAAGUAUCUCAAGGCACCACUGUAAAAAAAACCUAUAAAACUUUUAAAAUCUGACAUAUUGCGUUGGUGCGAAAUAUGAACCGCUAUAUAGCGGGGGUUCACGGUACAUCAACUGAAGUAAUAUACAGUAUAUGCUACAAGACUAUAACACUCCUCUCUUAUACUGUAGGUAUCGCGACCAUUUUAAUGCCUUACCUUCUCCUUUUUCUUCUUUGUUUUUACACUUUUGCAUGAACAUAAGUUAUUGCAAGUAUGAGUCUGACAUGCAGUUCUCCAGCAUUUAAGUUUGUUGUACAUCUUUAUCCACUUUGCAUGUUGGCUUUGAACCUUUUGUUUCCCCUUUGAGCUAUUUCAACCAGUGCCUUAAUUCAGUGUGCGUGUGUGUGGGACUAUUACACAUGGACCUCUAAAUGUGUGUGUGUGUGUGUGUGUCUUUGUGCGUUUGUAUGAAGUGACAUGAAGUACAAUUCCAUACCAGCAAGUAAAAUGAGUGGAUUAGCUUCUUCCGCAUCCUUCUCUCUUAUAGAGCUUAAACCAAUGACACGUACGUAAUAACUGCUGCUUCCCUCUUGAUUAUUUUUAGCGGCAUUUCAAAACAUCCCUUCAAGACAAGUGUUGCCUUUGUCCAUCUCAGACUUCUCGUUUCUUCUGUAACGACGACUGCUCUCCUCGCUGUCUUUUAUAGCCACUGUAUGUUUGUCAAUACAA